GAAUCGGUUGCGUGUUCCGGUGCGUCCACUCGUCUGUGUGAGGCGGGCUGUGCCGUUCGAGUGGUGGGGCCGACUCGACGUGGAGCGGUGUUUCUGCGGCCGCAGCCAAAUGGCAUCCAGCUAUAGAAAACCUGGCUUAAGUACAGCCCAGCGGAAGAAAAGUGGCUUGAAACCUGAACUUACAGAAGAACAAAAGCAGGAGAUCAGAGAAGCUUUCGAUUUGUUUGAUACCGAUGGAUCCGGAAGCAUCGACAUAAAAGAACUGAAGGUUGCAAUGCGUGCUUUGGGCUUUGAGCCAAAGAAGGAAGAAAUUAAGAAAAUGAUAGCAGAUAUUGACAAAGAGGGAAGUGGCACCAUUGACUUUGAAGACUUUUUAGCUAUGAUGACACAAAAAAUGAGUGAAAAGGAUUCAAAAGAAGAAAUCUUGAAAGCUUUCAGAUUAUUUGAUGAUGAUGGUACAGGAAAAAUUUCAUUCAAAAACUUGAAAAGAGUUGCCAAGGAGCUGGGAGAAAAUUUAACAGAUGAAGAACUUCAGGAAAUGAUUGAUGAAGCUGAUCGGGAUGGAGAUGGAGAAGUGAGUGAGCAAGAAUUUUUGAGAAUUAUGAAGAAAACUAGCUUAUAUUAAUAUCUGUUGCCUGUUGUACAGCUCCUCCAAAAGAUAACCUAGAAAAGACUUAAAAACUGGGCUUGUGCCUCCUGCAUAUUUUCUGCCAUGUAAAGAAAGUCUGAAAGGACAGAUUUUUGGUUCAUUCUUUUUCAGCAGUUAACUGGGGAAGGGGGGCUUCAGUACCCAGAACUGUUAAAAUGAGAUACUGCAGGAGUGAAAAGGAAGGAUGAACUGAACCUGCAAGGCAGCAUCCCUACUCCUCCCCUCCUCAGCAGUUUCGCUGACUGCCAUUUUAGGUAAAGAAAGCUGUAUUUCAACUAUUUAACUAAAAGACAUUUCACUUGAUGUGGAGAUUCCCACUGCUGCUAGGAAAGGCCGCUUUUGACUUUAUAAAGGCUACAGAAUGAAGGUUCGAGCACAGUUUUUAUAUUCCUUUUCAUGCUUUUGGGUUAUCUUUUGAUAUUUGUCUCCUUUAUUUCCAUGAAAGACUCUAAAACCACCUGCGUAUUUGUCCAUUUCUGUAUGAAACACUGUUCUCUAAUGGCAAGUUGGUUUUGGACCUAAUGGGAAGCAACUGUAGAUAACCAGAUUUGGUUCUUCAUUUGGAAUUGUGUAGCUGUUCUUCUGGUUUAUUUGAAUGUAACCUGCUUGGAUUAUUAAAGUUUAUUGUAUAACCAGUCAGCAGUUUGUUCAGUAAACCGCUGUUAUGACAGGGUUUUAGGUACCUAUAAAGUUCAGUUCUGUGUUGCACUAGGGUAAACUUUGACUUUGGCUGUUUACAGUCAAGUUGCAGGAGGACUCACACCUGAAGUGAAAAAACAGCUCACCUUGGACAUCUGUGGAACGCUGAAUAUUUACAUCCUUGCAAUGCAAAUUCAUUUCACACAUCAUAGGUUUGUCUUUUUAUUAAUUUUCUUGCAUAUGCUGUCAAUCUAGGACUUACUGGAGAGCCACAUUUCCUUCUGUAUUAUGGUGACAGAGCAGUAACACACACUACAUCCCAUUAUGUGGUUCUUGCAGGAGGCUUUAUCCUUGUGGCCCAUUUAGACAAUCAGCUUCAAAACUGCAACGAAAUGGUAUAACCCUAAAUCAUGCCUCUCUAAUAAGGUGCCUGAAGGAGAGUUUACUGCUCACAGUGACAUGGCAAGUAGGUAACCAAAUGUCAGGAGGGUUUAAUGGGAAGAGGAGGGAAAGAACAGUAUUUUGCUAGCAUCUGUAAAGAUCCCUCUUCUUCAGACAGCCUUUGCUGCUUGACAGCACUAAGGAGGUUUGUAGAAGAGAGGAAGAGCCAGCUCCUGGAUUUGCUUCUCAUUACAGCUGCUUCAGCUCUCAUUAGCUGUAAGGGCCCAGGAGGGCUCAUCCCAAUUAGUUUUGGGAGUGGAAAGGGGAAGUUUAUUCAUUUAUGUAUCUUCUUAGUAUGCAGAUGCGGACCUGGCAUAUUCUGCCUCAGUCUUCUGAGUUUUGUACUCAACAACUCCAAAUAGACCAUUUCUAACCUCUACAGAAGUAGGCAUAAACCUUGCGGAGAACAUGGAUUGGGUAGGACUCUGGAAAACUCAAGAGAAGUGCAAAGUCCCCUGUUAACACAUUCAGUGGUAGUAGAUGUAACCUAUAAUAGUGUGUUUUUAAAUGUGUAUUAAUUUUGUAUACGUGUGAAAUAAAAUUGUUUUGCAAGUUAA